AUGACGUCUUUCAAGAUUCCCAAGCCAACGGAGCUAACCAAGUUCUACAUCAAUGGCGAGUACGUCGAGCCCAGCACCGAUGAAGUGUUCACCGUUCGCAAUCCCAAAGACGAUACAGUAGUGUCAGACCACGUGCCGGUCGGAGCCCAAGAAGAUGUCGACGCGGCAGUUCGCCAUGCCGAGGCCGCCUUCAAAGGCGAAUGGAGUACAUUUACAUCGGCGGAGAGAGCUCGAUGUCUGUACAGGCUGUCCGACAUCUUGGACGAGCACUUAGGAGACCUGCUUCGCCUUGACACCCUCACCGGUGGACACCCGGUGUCUCUCAUUCCGACUCGGGAGAAGAAUUAUAUUGUCAACGGACUUCGGUACAUGUCCGGUUGGUGCGACAAGUUCAAGGGCGAUUAUUUUCCUGAUGACGACGGCUUUGUGAAGAUUGUGAAGAACGAGCCCCUUGGAGUCUGCGUUGGGAUCUGUCCCUUCAAUUCUCCGGUGGCAACGUUCUUUCAUAAAGUCGCACCAGCCCUGGUCACAGGAAACGUGAUGAUUAUCAAACCUUCAGAGAAGAGUCCUCUUGCAUCCCUUGCCCUGGCUCCACUCAUCGAGCGGGCAGGAAUCCCCAGGGGUGUUGUUCAGGUUGUUACCGGGCCGGGGAAGACGGGUGAGCUCUUUUCCAGGCACAUGCGUGUUCGCAAAAUUAGCUUCACUGGCAGCAUUGCCACGGGUAAGAAGAUCCAGGCGGCCGCCGCUCAAAGUAAUCUCAAGCGUGUGACUUUGGAACUCGGUGGAAAAGGGCCAAACGUCAUUUUCGAGGACGCCAACUUGGACAAUGCCGUCGAGUGGGCCCUCCGAGCUAUCAUGGCUCGAAGUGGCCAGAUAUGCAUCGCAGCUUCUCGUCUUUACGUCCAAAGAUCAAUCGCUGAUGAGUUUAUCAAGAGAUAUGUUGAGAAGAUGAGAGAAGCGGCCAAGCACAUGGGAGACCCUUUCGACCCCGAUACAGCUUAUGGCCCUCUGGUAGAUAAGCUUGCAUUUGAAAAAGUCCGCGGCAUGAUCGACAGGGCCAAGGCGGGAGAGGCCGAGCUCUUGGUAGGGGGAAAUUCGAUCGGCAAGACCGGCUGUUUCAUUGAGCCUACCGUGUUCGUGAAUCCCAGGCCCAAGGCUGAGAUCCUGACCGACGAAGUCUUCGGCCCAGUCUCCGUAGUCAGCACAUUCGACACAGAAGAAGAGGUCAUUCAAAAAGCCAACGACACUGAAUACGGGCUGAUGUCUGGAGUGUUCACGAGGGAUAUUUCUAGGGCACUCCGUUUCUCGUCGAAGCUGGAGACAGGGAUUGUGGGCGUCAACUGCGCCAGUAUACUUAACAUUCAAGUCCCCUUCGGCGGCGUGAAACAGUCUGGAAUGGGCCGCGAAUUUGGAAUGGACGUUCUCCGGUCGUUCACAGAGACGAAAACAAUCCUGAUCAACACGCGAGCGACUUGA